GUUAAAGAGGUGUAAUAUUUUUUUUUAUUUAAAUAUGAAAUUUUAUAUGACUUUAUUAGAAGGAAUCAUUACAUUCUCUCUUUUUGUCGAGCUUCCGGUUAUGGCUAUCACGGAGUCAAGCUUGGAGGAUUUCUUUCAUUUUGGGAGAUAGAACACAAGAUGGCAGCAUCUCUUAACUUCAAGAUUAUAUUGGCGUCAUAAAAUUUCAACUAGUUCUCCAUUCACUCUUCAGCUGUACUUUUACACGAGGCUGCCUUUUAGAUUACCAACAUGAAACUUAAUGGUGCUGACGACACCAGUCGUUCCCUUCCAAGGGGGUGCUGAACCAACAUUAUGGCCUUAGCGGGAGGCCCUGACUACUUCCUGUGCCACUCAAACUAUCAGGAGGGCAUGGACCGCAGUUCCUCUCGCAGGCCUGAGGAGCUGAUUGUUCCAGGCUUUCAGCGUUCAGCCCAUCCAAACUUGCCACAUCACCAUGAUGACGAUGUGGAUUUGGAGAAGCUCGUCAACGAGAUGAACUCCUCCAUGGAGAGCGUUUACUCAACACAGGCAGACACGGCACUCAUCCUCAACAACGGACACGCGGCCCCCCACCACCAGCACCACCUGAUGCAUGUUCCCUUUGUCAGACACGGCCCAGCUGCACGACGUCACACGCCCCCCUCCAUACCCGCCAGGGAAAGGUUGCGGCACUCUCAGCCAAUGCACAUUCAGGCUGUCAGGUGCCUGCGGGAUGAGCAGCAUCUGCGUCCUGCUUCGCUGCCUGCUAUUCCCAAUCCUUUCCCUGAGCUUUGCAGCCCGACUGGCUCGCCAGUUCUCAGCCCCACCGAGGCCUCUGACCAACACAUAGUGAAGGUGUGGAGCGAGGAUGGGGCCGGGAAAGUGGUGGAGAUCCCGGCGGACAUGACAGCCAGAGACGUGUGCCAGCUCCUGGUCUACAAGAGCCACUGUGUGGACGACAACGCUUGGACGCUGGUGGAGCACCACCCCAUCCUCGGCCUAGAGAGAUGCCUGGAGGACCACGAACUGGUGGUUCAGGUUCAAGCUUCCAUGAGCAGCGACAGUAAAUUCCUCUUCAGGAAGAACUAUGCCAAAUAUGAAUUCUUCAGGAACCCCCUGAACUUUUUUCCAGAGCAGAUGGUGGCUUGGUGUCAGGAGUCUGAUGGCACAAUCCCUCAAUCACAGCUCUUACAGAACUUCUUGAACUCAAGCAGUUGUCCAGAAAUUCAGGGCUAUCUGUACAUGAAGGAACCUGGACGCAAAUCCUGGAAGAAACUCUACAUGUUCUUGCGACGUUCCGGCCUCUACUUCUCCACUAAAGGAACAUCCAAGGAGCCCCGACACCUGCAGCUAUUGUCUGAUCUGGAAGACAGCAACAUCUUCACUAUUAUCACCGGCAGAAAACUACACAACGCUCCCACAGACUACCAGUUCUCAAUCAAGCCCAGUAAAGCAAGAAGUGACUGUAAGGAGCUGAAGAUGUUAUGUGCUGAAGAUGAGCAGAGCAGGACCUGUUGGAUGACUGCCUUCAGACUUCUUAAGUAUGGCCUUGUCCUGUAUAAGAGCUACAGCGUCCCACAACAGAGGAAGACAAAUCUCUCGCAUUUCUCCACGCCUGUGCGGAGCGUGUCAGAGAACUCCCUGGUGGCGAUGGACUUUUCGGGACGGACUGGCCGUGUCAUCGACAACCCCGUAGAGGCACAGAGCGCUGCCCUGGAGGAGGGACAGACAUGGAGGAAACGGAGUCAGCGUAUGAAUGUCCUGGGCAGCCCGUCGCCCUUGCACCCAUCUUCUCUUAGCACAGUCAUCCACAGGACGCAGGUUUGGUUUCACGGUCGCAUCAUGAGAGAAGAAGCCCACAAAAUGAUCAUACAACAAGGCCAAGUAGACGGGUUAUUCCUGUUGCGGGACAGUCAAAGUAACCCUAAGGCCUUUGUGCUCACCAUGUGCCACCACCAGAAGAUCAAGCACUUCCAAAUUCUACCGUGGGAAGAAGAUGGCCAAGUUUUCUUCAGCCUGGACGACGGCGCCACCAAGUUCACCGACCUGAUCCACUUGGUGGAGUUCUACCAGCUCAACAGAGGAGUGCUGCCCUGCAAGCUCAAACACCCGUGCACCGCCGUGGCCUUGUGACAGUCCUCCUUCUCUGCACCCCUUUCAAUUUUUGUGUUUGCACACCUCCCUCCUUCCCAAACCACCUAUCCGCCCCGGUGAAGAAGCGAGCCCAGCUUUUCUCCGCCUUAUUGCUUUUUUCGGAGAUUCCAACGGGCGUCAAAUGUCGCGAAUCGCCGACUCCUUUGCCACGGAAGCUCGCCGACGACAACUCUCCUUCUCCGUAACCUGCCCCUUAUACCCCAGGCCUGAUAAGCUGUGGUGCAGGAAGCGCCACCAUACGUCUUCUUCAUUGAUCAUCAGGGAUGGAGGGGAAUCCCUCCGGAUCCGGAGCGAACUUUGGAUCCGAGAGGUUUUCUCAACCUGUGCAGUCCAGUCUGGAUAAGCUGACACCGUGACACCGCCCGCUCCACCAAAACCAACCCCGUUCCCACCGUAACCCGCCCGCCCUACGUGUGUGGCUCUACUGCUGUGUCAAGGAUCAAGUCGAGCGUGAGGAGAAGGAUCUAAACAAGCGGAGAUUUAUCAGAAAGGACAAAGGAAUGUUUAUCAGGAAGGCCGUGACGAGCCUCUUUUAGACUUGAUUACUUGAUGUCAUUUUGAUGCUGUUUUAUUACUGUUGAUUCAAUGCAGAACUAGUUUGCACUUGCGCGCGGGGGGAGGGGGCUGGCACCAGUCAAUCAUCAUCAUCAUCAUCCUCCUCCUCUUCUAAAUGGGAGAAACAUACAUUUCAAUCUCCAUCCAUCUACGUUGAUGGGAUUAAAGGGAAAGACAACACGUUGCAAGGAUAUAAAUUGCAUAUUUCUUAGACCUCUGUUAAUGAUGAGCACAGCCGUUUUGGAGGUUGGUUAUACCCAAGCACAUACACACUGAUUCUCGAGCACAGGUGCGUGUGAUAAUGGGUAUUCAUGAGGAAAAGCGGGUAAUUUGAGAUACUCAUAUUUAAUUGGCUAAAAUCGUACCGCAUUGAUAAUCAUUUUAGGCAGACACUCACAAUCUGAUGUCCGCACAUGCAAACGCUAUGUCUCAUUAUUAUAAUAGAAAUAAAAUUGAUUACCGUAAUUUUCUGUUUUAAGGAGCACCUGAUCAUAAGCCGCCACCCACCGAAUUUGACACGAAAAUGGCAUUUUUUCAAAGAUAAGCCGCACUGGACUAUAAGCCGCAUAAACAUGUCCUCACUGGGUUAUUUACAGCAACAGUAACAGUAACAAUUUAUUUGACAGUGGCAUCAUAAGGCCAAAUAAACCCCAAGAAGCUUUGAACCAAUUGGCUGCAGAGCUUCACUUGGCCAUCAUUGCUCCCUUGGGGGAGACAGUCAACCUCUGCUGUUAACACUGUUGUCAUCCAUCAUGCCUCCUAAAAUGCACCGCAAUGCUACAGAUGUAAAUUACAGUCGGGGUGGCGCGGCUCAGUGGUAGAGUAGUUGUCCCCCAACCCGGAGGUUGUAGGUUCGAUUCUCCGCCCUGAUGAACUCGUCUAAAUGUCCUUGAGCAAGAUACUGAACCCCACGUUGCUCCUGGUGCUGCGUCACCAGUAGGUGGAUGGUGAGAUAGUGUAAAGCGCUUUGAGCGCCUUGAAAGGUGGAAAAGCGCUAUAUAAGUAUAACACCAUUUACCAUACAGUCAAAAUUCAUGUUCUGUGAAAAUGAUUUCUUCAGUUACUGUUCUAGUUGUUUCAUUCAUUGCUAGUUAUGGAAUUUGGUAACACUUUAUUUACAGUGGUGCCACAAGACUGUCAUAAGACCAUGAUAAUUAUGCCGUGAGCAUUACUGAAUGCUCAUGACAGAUGUCAUUUUGUGUCAUCCGACAAAUGGUCUCGCUUUUGAAUGAAUGUAAAAGAAUCCCAGCUGGACAUAAAUGGAGUUAGUGACAUAAUUUAGCAAAGAACAUCAAUUUUGAGUGUAAUUUACAUCUGUAGCGCUGCAAUGCAUGCUAUGAAGCAUGUUGGACGACAACAGUGUUGAUAGCAGAUGUUGUCUCCCCCAAGGUAACAGUGAUGGCCAAAUGAAGCUUUGCAGCCAAUUGGUUCAAAGCUAUUAUCCCAAAUAAUCGAGCAAACAAGCCACACUGGAAUAUAAGCUGCAGGAUUCAAAAUGAGGGGUAAAAAGACAAAAUAUUUCCUUUCAUUGUUUGCAAUAGACGUCCAAUUUAUUGAAAUUGGCUGACCAAUUGGCUGCAAAUCUUUAUUUGGCCAUCAUUGCUCCCAUGGGGGAGACGGCAAACCUCUGCUGUUAACACUGUUGUCAUCCAUCAUGCCUCCUAAAAUGCACUGCAAUGCUACAGAUGUAAAUUACAGUCAGAAUUCAUGUUCUGUGUUAAUUAUUUCUUCAGUUACUGUUCUAGUUGUUUCAUUCAUUGCUAGUUAUGGAAUUUGGUAACACUUUGUUUGACAGUGGCGCCAUAAGACUGUCAUAAGACCAUGAUAAUUAUGCCAUGAGCAUUACUGAAUGCUCAUGACAGAUGUCAUUUUGUGUCAUCCGACAAUUUGUCUCGCUUUUGAAUGAAUGUAAAAGAUCCCAGCUGGACAUAAAUGGAGUUAGUGAGAAUAAUUUAGCAAAGAACAUAAGUUUUGAGUGUAAUUUACAUCUGUAGCGCUGCAAUGCAUGCUAGGAAGCAUGUUGGACGACAACAGUGUUGACAGCAGAGGUUGUCUCCUCCAAGGAAGCAAUAAUGGCCAAAUGAAGCUUUUUCAGCCAAUUGGUUCAAAGCUAUUAUCCCAAAUAAACGAACAAACAAGCCACACUGGACUAUAAACGGCAGGAUUCAAAAUGAGGGCAAAAAAGUAGCUGCUUAUAGUCCAAAAACUACGGUAUCAAGAAAAAAAUAUUUCCUUUUAUUUUUUGCGAUGGACGUCCAAUUCAUUGAAAUUGGGAUGACUGCCUGUGAAUGCUCAUCUUUCAAUGCCACUGAUGGUGCGAAACCAAUCCAUGGCAGCCAAUGAGUUAAAGCGGAAGUUGAGAAUUUUUGACAUUAGGCCUUAUCUUCAAGUUAGCGGGGUUUAAUUAGUCUGUGGAGUUGAUUUCAACAAAUUCCGUGCAGUAUGUUAAUUAUUAAUUUCAGUGCUUCGGAGUGGCUAAGCUAGCGCGAGUCAAUGGUCCCUUCCUAGCAUGCCAAUAAAAUAACGAUACGAACAGAUCUAACAUAGUCAAAUAAAUUCACAAUGCUGACCGUUGUUCAAAAUACCCAUGUGGUUAAAACAAUGUCGCACCCAACUGCUGUAAUUCAAUUAUUUCUACGGGACUAUUUUUUUAGACGUGUAAUGCGACCACAAUAAAGAGGAGUGCUUCGGCCACUUGUACCAAUGCUGCUUUCGAGGAAGGUGGGAAGUCGGACUUAUCCAUCCUUGGAUGGUACCAGUUGCGACCUCAAGGCGUUCCAAGCGUUUAUUUUGACCAUCAAGACAUGUUGACCUCCAGCAAACAUGGUUUCUCGUAAGUGACCAAAUAGCAGAGGAAAAACUACAGCUAAGGUAAAUAGACACUGUAAACUGCCUUCAUUUGUUUUCCUAUUGUUGUUAAACUACUACUAGCAGCGCAUUUUGUCGAAUGACGUCUGAUUGAAGCAACUCGUGAAUUUGGGGUACUUUUUUUCUGAUUUCGUGACCAGUUUGAGUGGCGUUCCAAUGAUAUUUAUCCUGGUCUGAGGUUGUAAAUCUCCCGAUUUUCCACUUUCCUCGAAUUCAGCGUCAGUCCACAGUCUUGACUGACAACCUAGUGAAACGUGCAUUUAGAGGCUGUGGAAACAGAAGAAAUGGGCAAAUUAGUUUCCACAAAUUCUCUACGAAGAACGAGGAACAAUACAAAGUGUGGAUACUUGCUGCCAGCUACGACAAACACACCGGUGCAAAAAAAAUAUCACUCCGCUCUGGGGCCUGAUUAUUGCUUAUUACAGAUAUUAUGCGGCAAAUUAUGUCACUACCUCCAUUUAUGUCCAGCUCGGAUCUUUUACAUCCAUUUAAAAGUGAGACAAUUUGCCGGAUGACACAAAAAGACAUCUGUUAUAAGCUUUUAUUAAUGACCAUGGCAGUGUCAUGUCAUAAUUAUGAUGGUCUUAUGACAGCUUUAUGGCACCACUGUCAAAUAAAGUGUUACCGAGUACCAUAGCUUGCAAUAUAUGAAACAACUGGAACAGUAACUGAAGAAAUAAUUAGCACAGAACAUGAUUUUUGAUUGUUAUUUACAUCUGUAGCACUGCAGUGCAUGCUAGGAGGCAUGUUGGAUGACAAUAGUGUUGGCAGCAGAGGUUGACUGUCUCCAACAACGGAGCAGUGAUGGCCAAAUGAAGCCUCAUGAAGCAAUGAAGCUUUGAACCAAUUGGCUGCAAAGCUUCAUGGUGGUUCAUUUGGUCUUAGACAGUCUUAUGGUGCCACUGUCAAAUAAAGUUUUACCGGUUAAUAUCUUUUGGUGUAAAUAUCCCGUAAUACAGUGAGGACAGCUGCGGCUUAUAGUCCAGUACGGCUUAUCUAUGAACAAAUGCUAUUUUCAAGUCAAAUUUGGUGGGUGGCGGCUUUUAGUCAGGUGCGGCUUAUAGUCCGAAAAUUAUGGUACAAAAUGUUGUUCAUCCUGCAAUUAUUGACAUGCGAUUGUAAGUUUUAAUAACUUCAUCCUGAAAAAAUAGCCAACACUAUUGAUUGCAUGGGUCAUCAGUGAUUUUCAUGCGUGCAUAUGUUGUUUUUUAUUGGCAUGCCAGGACAGGCUCAUUGACUCGCGCUAGCUUAGCCACUCCAUAGCCCUGAAACUAAUAAAUAACUAACUAACUGCACGGAAUUUGUUGAGAUCAAACUCACUGACUAAUUAAAACCCCGCUAACUUGAAGAUUAAGCAUAAUGUCAAAAAUUCUGGAUUUAGACAUAAAUCAGAAAUUUCUAUUGGGGAUGGACUUGGACAUGAUAAAGUUGUCUUUCCCUUUAAAAAAUAUAUAUAUUGGUGAGGGGGACAGAAAUAGUCACGUGAUGAUGCAGUGCCUUUUCCGAAAGGUUUGGGAACAUCAUAGAGCGGUGGCCACACUACUGUAUUCGACUGCGCUAGAGAGGAGGAACGUCCGAAAUCCGCCGACAACUUUUUGAAAUGAAAACGGCUUCAUUUUUGGGCUUUGUGAAUGUCUGUUCUUAGCCGGAGCUUGCACAUUGAUAGCGAAAGGUCGGGAAGCAUCCCCGCGGCCCCCCGCCCCGCUUAGAAGAGACAAAUCAAAGAAAAGCACUCCCAUUUUUUUUUUUUUUUUUGAAAGUGUGGAAAUGAACAAAAAUAGACUUGAAGUGUGAAACUCAGCUGAUGCGCAUCAAACACACAAUCAAAUGAGCUUCACUUGCCUUAAGUGAAAAUAAUGAGCCUUGUAUAUAAUUGAAACGUAUGAAGAUGCACACACAUCCCAUUGACGGCGAUGGGCGUCCAAUUUGUUGAGACUGUGAGAGUCAAAAAUGAAUUGGACGUGCAUCGUCGUCAAUGGCAGGGAAUGAGUUAACAAACAUUUUCGGGGGGAAAUGGAUGCCACUGUCGCGACUAUAUGCUAAUCAUACCUAGGCAUGUGCCGGUAUGAGAUUUUGACGGUAUGAUAACCUUAAGCAAAAAUACCGCAGUUUCAAUCACACUAUUGCAAUUAUAGAUCUAAAAUGUGUUAUUUUGAGAUGUAUGGGUUUAAAAACAAUGUCUAUUGAACAGGAUUUUACACAACAUAUUUAAAAAUUGGAAUAUCAACAUGAACAUAAUGUUAAAUAACAAAAUAAAAUUUAAAUGACUAGAACUUACAGACUAAACCCACAUCCACAGCUCAAAAAAAGUAACUGAACUUAAACAGUAUAUGAUUGAAUUGAUUUUGUGUAAAAACACAUACCACUACGACUAUUGAUAUUAAUUACCGUAUAGGCCCGAAUAUAAGACGACCCCCUCUUUUUCAAGACUCAAGUUUGAAAAAAGACUUUUUGAACACCAAAUUAAUUUUUAUACAGAAAAUAUUUACAGUACAUCCAAAACAAAUGAUGAUAACAAUAUAUUUGAGAAAAAAAGCAUGUUAUUUUACUUCCUUUCAAUAAUAUAAUAUCUAAUAUAAUAUCUGAACAUUUAAAUUAGGGCUGUCAAACGAUUAAAAUUUUUAAUCGAGUUAAUUACAGCUUAAAAAUUAAUCGUAAUUAAUCGCAAUUCAAACAUCUAUAAAAUAUGCCAUAUUUUUCUGUAAAUUAUUGUUGGAAUGGAAACAUAAGACACAAGAUGGAUAUAUACAUUUAAACAUACGGUACAUAAGGACUGUAUUUGUUUAUUAUAACAAUAAAUCAACAAGAUGGCAUUAACAUUAACAUUCUGUUAAAGCGAUCCAUGGAUAGAAAGACUUGUAGUUCUUAAAAGAAGAAUGUUUGAUGAAAGUUAUAGAAAUUUUAUAUUAAAACCCCUUUUAAUGUUUUCGUUUUAAUAAAAUUUGUAAAAUUUUCAAUCAGAAAAUAAACUAGUAACCCGCCAUUGUUGAUGUCAAUAAUUACUUACACAAUGCUCAUAGGUGCUGAAGCCUAUAAAAUCAGUCUUACCCAAGCGCCAGCAGAGGGCGGCAAAACUCCAUAAAACACAACAAGUGAGUGUUUCACUGUACUGUCAUUUAAAUCUGUCCGAGCGGGGCAUCUGCGUUAAUUGGGUCAAAUAUUUUAACGUGAUUAAUUUAAAAAAUUAACGCCCGUUAACGUGAUAAUUUUGACAGCCCUAAUUUAAAUAUGUAAACCAAAGUGCAAUCACAUUCGUAAAUGAAUGGCUUCUGGUUUUUUAAAUGUAAUUAAACCAAUCUAUUGUGAUAAAACAACAAAAUUGCAAUUACUGCAUUAACAUCAAAGAAGUCUAACUGUAACUUUAGUCUUGAAACAAAUCUGAAUAAGGAAAAACAUUGCAAUAAAGCAAUGCAAACUGGUUAAACUUGACAGUAGCUGAGAUCUUUCAUGACAGAACAUCGCUUCAAUGAUAUCUGGCGCCAUCUAGCGUCGUGAAUGGGGAGAGUAGCUGAGAUCUGUCAUGACAGAACAUCAUAGAACGCAAAUAUAAGACGACCCCCUCUUUUUCAGUCUUAUUUCAAUGCAAAAAACAUCGUCUUAUAUUCGGGCCAAUACGGUAAUUAGUUGGAAAGCAAGAGACAGCGCGUGUGUAUGACUCGUAUCAUUAUUUACACAUUAUACACACACUCAACUAGGGCUGCAGCUAUCGAUUAUUUUAGUAGUCGAUUAAUCGAUGAACUAGUUAGAUCGAAUAAUCGAGUAAUCGGAUGAACAUGAAAAAAAUUUAAAUACCUGAGCUGGGCCUCAAACAAUAUAAAGAAAUAAAAAUAAUAAGGGUCUGCAUAUGUACAACAAAAGAACAAUUGGCUAACUUACAUAGCAAAAGUCAACUAGCUUAAAUGCUAUAAAAUAGUAACUUUAAAAAAAUUUUUUUUUUUACAUUGCUCAUAAAAGGUUCAGACAUAUAUUCCCACAAAAAUUGGCUAAAUAUACCUUUAAACUAAAUGACGAAUGCAUUAAAAAACAUUAGCUCAAACAAACACCUAGCUUCUGUUGGUCUUAACAGCGAGCAGCUGGAUUUGGCCAUGUAAAAUGAAGCAGAAUAGAGAGCAGUGUAUCCACCCAAAUCAAUGAAACGAAAUGCAAACACUUUCAAAAACAAACCAUUACAACUUAAACGAAUACUCGAAACAGCAAAAUGUAAUUCGAAUCUUUUUUUCUAAUCGAAUACUCGAGUUAAUCGAUUAAUCGUUGCAGCACUACACUCAGCCACCCUCUCCGAACACAGAAAGUCGGCAGAGAGAAAAAAACACCACAGGCUGUAUUAUGAAAAUGUUAUUUAAUUUGAACAGAUGUUUACAAUGGUGGAAAACUUUACAAAAGUUGGCUAAUAGUAGCGAGGAAACUAGUUAGCCAUCUUGGCAUGCUAACUAGCCAGUAGCCAUGUUAUCUGCUUCGUUAGCAACGACGGGACAUAAAAAUUGCUAAUAUCGUACUACGGUAUGACGGAAACUUUUAGUGGUUUUGAAACCGUGACAUUUUCAUACCACGGUUAACCUAAACCGGUAACCGGCACAUGCCUAAUCAUACCCAAAUCUGUUGAUAGGCUCGCAUCAGUAUUUCAACAAUGGACCAACAUUUGAUUCAUUUUCUGGGAAAUGGAAGUGAAAGAAGGUUCUACUUAUUUGAUAAAUGUCAUUGUGCUGAUUCCGUCAUUUUUUUUCUUUUUAAAGAAGCAAUCCAAAUUUUGUAGUUUUAUCAGUUCUUGUGUACCCCCCCACGCUUUAAUUCCGCCCCCCUCAAAUCCAUCUCGUACCAGAGUUUAGCACAAAGGCACGGAGACGUGUCACUUUGCCCCAUGUGACCAACCGGGGCGGACUCUGUCCCGGGAAUGGAUAAUGCUUGAACCCCCCACCCUUGCCCACCUGUGUCCAGCCUGUAAGCUAUGAGCCUGUGGUGAAUAAUUGCGUGUGCGCAUGAGAGAGCGUGUGGUUUGUACGGCUCGACUGUUAUUGUAAACUGCUGGUCAUCCGACUUGCCUUGUAGAGAUGGAAAAGGAAGGUCAGGAAAGUCAAGCGAUGCCUUAGAUUCACGUGUUAUAAGGAGAGGGGGGAGCUGAACCACAUCACUAGACAUCAGUGGGCACGAUUCCUUACCCCCGAUUAAUUUGAAAUCACUGUGUUCAACAUGAAAGAGCCAUCGCGCAUGAAAGGAAAUGUGUACUACCGGAAUUUGAAUUUCUAACCCUGAUUUUUUCCCCCCAAAUUCGGGAUAAACAUUUUAACACGGAAUAUUUUCUGCGACAAAAAUCAGUAGUGAAAAUUCAGUCGCCAAAAAUUUUGAAGCAAAAAAUUCAGUUGCAACAUCCCUGUAACCAGGGAGAACUAAUCGAUCCCAGUUUAAUUUCAUCAAGACUAGGGUUGGGUGUCAAGCAUCGAUGGGAUCCGAGACUAACACUCCCAGAAGCGUCCGAUUUUUAAAAAUUUCGAUUCCAACUUUCGAUGCCCUGACUGACGACAGGAAAAAACAAGAAGAAGCCACAUGAAGACGAGCUCCGUUACGAGUAGGGUUGUUCCGAUCAUGUUUUUUUGCUCCCGAUCCGAUCCCGAUCGUUUUAGUUUGAGUAUCUGCCGAUCCCGAUAUUUCCCAAUCCGAUUGCUUUUUUUUUUUUUUGCUCCCGAUUCAAUUCCAAUCAUUACCGAUAAUUUUUCCCGAUCAUAUACAUUUUGGCAAUGCAUUAAGAAAAAAAUGAAUAAAACUCGGACAAAUAUAAACAUUAGGCCUGCAGCUAUCGAUUAUUUUAGUAGUCGAUUAAUUGAUGAACUAGUUAGUUGGAAUAAUCGAGUAAUCGGAUAAGGAACACAAAAAAAUUAAAAUAGCUGACUUGAGCCUCAAACGGCAUAAAAAAAUUAAUAAAUGAGGAUAUGUGUGCAACAAAAGAAAUAUUGACUAACUUACAUAGCAAAAGUCUGCAAGUUUAAAUGCUAUAAAAAUUUACAAUACUCUUAACAAAUAGUUUAAACACAUAUUCCCUCAAAAAACUAACCUAACCUAAUUAUACCUUCAAACUAAAUUACAAAUGCGUUAAGAAAAAUAUUAUGUCAAACAAAAAGCUUAUGUUGGUCUUAACAGGGAGCAGCUGGAUUCAGCCAUGUGAAAUGAGGCAGACUAGAGGGCAGUGUAUCCACCCAAAUCAAUAAAACUAAAUGGAAACACUUUCAAAACAAACCAUUACAACACCACUUUAAUUAAACGAAUAAUAAUAAUUAGAGCUGGGAAUCUUUGGGCACCUAACGAUUCGAUUACGAUUCAGAGGCUCCGAUUCGAUUAUAAAACGAUUAUUGAUGCACCCCACUCCUUUUUUUUUUUUUUUUUUUAAUUUGUUUUGUACAUUAGUUCCAAAAUUGUUCAAAAAUCCUCUCAGACUAAACCAAACUACUAUUUCAGUAUCAAGUUAACAUGUAGCAGUAAACAAAUAUACAAAAAUAACAGUAAAUAAAAAACUCCAGUCCCCAUUCUAUAUCAGCAGCUUUAAACUACUUUCAAUUAAUUUAAUGUUGUGAAUCAACCGUUAAAGUUGUUAAAAUUGCUCCUGUUAUUCCAUAAUUUCUCUUUUGUCUACUUUCAACAUGUAAAAGUUUUAAAACUAUUUUAAAGAUAGAUUCAAGUCAAUAUUUUACCGAUUUAGGAGUAUUUUAGAUAAAAAGUUAAUUAGGUUCGCUUGGAAGGUUCGCAACAACAGCCUUGCAGGGAAGUGUACUGCUUUAAGAUGGCGGCCGUUACUAACGCCCGCAUCUAGUUUUUUGUAGAUGUGCUGGUAACGAUACCAAAGCUAUAAUGCAUCUAGUCCUAUAUAAAUGAUAUCUACCGUAACAUAAUGUGGCUUGUAGCAGCUUUUCGGCAGCAGUCAGGUAUGUUGUUGUUUUUUUUUUUUAUCUCGUGGCAUGAGUUGAGCUAGAGCCGUGAGUUGAGCAUUGGCGUUACCCGAGGGGCCGGGUAAUGAGAAGCAUGAUGUUUAGCUACUCUCGCUCCGUCCCUAAUUGCGUACCAAAGACCGCGUGGCGCGCUGAGUGUGUCGUACUUCUGCUUUACUUGGCAUAUUUCAAUAAUCGGAAUUUGGAUGUUUGUGAACCGUUCUCGAAUCUUCCACGGCCGAAUCGCGAAUAAUCUAAAAAUCGGAAAUUUUGCACACCUCUAAUAAUAAUACUUAAUCCUGGUUUUAAAUGUUCUACAUAAGGAAUAACUUUUGUACACCACCAAACAACGCACAAUUUGACACGAAAAUACAUUUUACCGAAGUCGCUAAUUAUCAAUUUUUCAUUAUCAUCUUUCUCCAAUUAACACGACUUGAACCUACUGCUGGACAACUGAAAGACAAGAGCAAUGAACUAUCUCUCUUCCCCUCUCGCUGUAAAAAAAUAACUUGCGCACAGAAGAGAACCCAAAGCGCGACCGGCGGGUCCCUACCUGUCUCAUACACAAAUUUAUUUUCGAGUCUUUUGGAAAAAAAAGUGAAUCUCUCGCUCAGUAACCAGCUGCAACCAUCUUAUCGUUGUGCGUGCGUCCGUUAAAGGUGUCUGGGUGCCAGACGUGUCUUGAAUUUUCUAGAUAGAUAGAUAGAUGCCCAUCUACUAACAGCUGUCAUAAAGUUAUUAGGGAAAAUUGUUGUUGAACAUUUAUGAACCGUAAUCGAAUCAUCACGUGUCGAAUCGCGAUGCAUCUAAUAAUCGAUUUUUUUUGGCACACCCUUUAGUAGAGUCCGGAGUUACAAUAGUGACAUCUUAUGGACGGAUGAACAAUAUAUCAGUUUAGAAAGAAAUCAAACUUAAAAAGUAGUUGACUUAAGAUCAAGGAACAGAACACUCCCCGGCUGACCAGCCCUUAACUAACUUGUAUAAAUCGCUCCUAAAACAAACGAUGCAAUACAAUAAAUGCCUGCAGCAUAAGACACUCUAAAACAUAGGCAAAAGAAUAUGUGUAAAUGUUUUCUCUUUGUGAAAGUGCACUCCUGUGGAAAGAAACUUCAUCAUAUUCAAGUUCAAAGACUGAUAUUUAAGUUAAAAAUUACCCUGUGAGAAAUUUGUAGUUAAUUGAAAGUUCAUAUAAUUUAAAAAAUAAUCGAGAAGUUAAGAAAUUAAUUAUGCAAUUUUUUUUUACCCUUUCUAUUAGAAUAAUUGAAAUCGGGAAUCGUUUGGAAUCUGAAUCGAAACAUGGAAUCAAAAUCGGAACCGUUCAAAUUCAAACGAUGCCUAACCCUAAUCAAGACGUUUGCUCGGCAACGUUUUCAACGGAUCGAUUGUUUCCUUCAUUUUUUGCGACUGAAUUUUGGCUACCGAUCUGUUUUUUUUUUUUUUUUUUUUUUUUGUGAUUUAUUUUUUACUGAGUCGUUUUUGUACAGAUGUAUGAACAAGUAUCUGAACCUUUUGGAAUUUCUCACAUUUCUGCAUAAGAUCACCAUCAAAUGCGAUCUGAUCUUUGUCAAAAUCACACAGAUGAAAAAACUGUUUGCUUUAACUAAAACUACCCCAAACAUUUAUAGGUUUUCAUAUUUUAAUGAGGAUAGUAUGCAAACAAUGACAGAAGAAGGGAAAAUAAGUAAGUGAACAAUCACAUUUAAUAUUAAUAUCCCAGGAAUCUGACUGAACUCCAGAAGUUUUAGAGCGAGGAAUGGGCCAAGAUUAGUCCUGAUCGAUGUGCCAGACUGAUUUAAGUUGUGGUUGAAGUUAUUGCUGCCAAAAGGGUGAUGGUCACACUUAUUUUUCCUCCUUCUGUCAUUGUUUGCGUACUAUCCUCAUUAAAAUAUGAAAAACUACAAAUGUUUGGGGGGUUUUAGUUAAAGCAGACACUGUUUUUUCAUCUGUGUGAUUUUGACAAAGAUCAGGUUGCAUUUGAUGGUGAUUUUAUGCAGAAAUGUGAGAAUUUCCAAAAGGUUCAGAUACUUUUUCAUACCUCCGUUGCUGAUUUUUUUGUGAAAUUUAUUUUGUGGCUGAAUUUUGAUGCUGCAAAAACAAACAAAAAAAAAAACUGUUAGAAAUUCAAACGAAUGCUUCCGUAGGUCGAGUGCAUCCUUGGUUUCUGAAUGAAUGAGUAUGUGAAGACUAUGGCGGCGAUCGAACACUGUACCUUAGGUCACAGAUCACUAUGUACGGCCGUUAUGCUUUGCCCAUAACGCUGUGUAAAAAUGAAGAAUGCUAUUUUGUCCUGAA